GAUAAUAACUUUAUAUUAGGGGUUAUUUGUGAUAUUUCCAUAUAUAAUACAGAUUUGCUGUAUGGAUAAUUGUAAUACUUCUAAUACAUCAGCAACCAAGGACGUGACAUCAUCAGGUAUAGAAUGUGAUGACAUCACAGAUGGUGGUCGGUUAUACCACUGCAGGAUACAGGCAAACCCUUCACUUUCUGUUAGUUCAGAUUGAAAGCGCUCAGUUUUCCUGAGAGUGAAAUAUAUUUCUUCUUCAAAUAUGACGAGCCCAACCCUGGCUAUCCUGCCAUUGUUUUGGGCAAUAUGGACCUUCGUGGGUGUCCUUACCACCUUCACCAUGACCAUCGUACAAGGCCAUUACCAAACAGGGAUCAUCAGCAUCAGUGACACUGGAGCACAAUACCCAGAAUCCAUCGUGCUGACUGUAGUUUCCACCGUGUCUUCUCUGCUAGAGGCCGGGAUUUUGUUUAUAAUCUACAAAUCCAUGGAGAUCCAGGCCCUGAAGAAAAUCCUUUGUGGAGUCACCUGCCAAACGUGGAUGUUGGCAUUCGGAUGGAUGACGUGUGUUGGCAACAUCAUUACCCCAUUGAUACAGGAUUCAGCAAUGCUUAAUGAUAGCUGCCUGGCAGUUUUAUCUAGUAUGGUCAUCUACGGAGGCAUAUCAUUGGCAUCUCAGCUGUACCCGGGCUCCAGGGACCGUAGAUGUAGACGCCUUACCACCACGGUGCUGUCAGUUACCAUCUUGCUGGCUAACAUUAUCCGGUUAUCCUGUAAAAUGGCAGCAAUGUACACCUGCACCAGCGAGUAUUGCACACAGUCUUCCAGAAUAACGCUGACCAUCUUGGAGUGGGUUGUAUUGGUCUGCUCAUUUAUCAGCCAAAUAAUGCUGUAUUGGGACUUCAAGCUUCUUACUAUGACAACAUCCAAGAGCGACAUGAUCGAAGCCGAGAGCGUCCUGGCAGUUGAUCCAUUGAAAGUGCCUCUACUAGAUCGAGCACUUGAGGAUCAACUAGAUGACAUGACGCCAGAGGAAACAUCAUCAUGUGACCAUGUUAUAUUAGACCUGUUUUCAGCAGAGGAUACACCAACAUCAGACUAGGAGCCAUAGGUCCUAUCUCCACCCCAACCCCCCCCCCCCCCCCCCAAAAAAAAAAUGGAUAGAUAUAUCUAUCUAUCUAUCUAUCUAUCUAUCUCAUAUCUAUCUAUUGUGAGAAGGUGAAAGGCAUUGUGGUUGAUGGUCGGUAUGUGUCACCAAGGUUCCUGGCCUUGGUGAAGUAAGAGCUGGUAUUUAUUCAGUGUCUGUGCUGCAAUGCAGACUGACACUGUGGCUGUAGUAUGGCUGGAAGGCCUAUCUGGGACCGCUUUUACUGGGAAUGGCCAAGUGUAGGGUGGGGGCCAUUCCCCACAAUCCAGGCCGCCUUUUGGUGGCCUUAAAGGCAACCUGCUUCACCAGCUGAGGGGGAUUUGCUAGUUGGAGCUCACACUGCCAGAGAGAGCUGAGAGUGGAGUCCUUCCCUAAGAGGUUGGAAGAUGGUCAGCAGCCUGCCUGGAAAAGACUUGUUUGAUGCUGUAUGGCAUGGACUCUUGUGUGAACAAACACCUAUAGAAUACAGGCGGACUUUUGUUACGUUUGCAUUUGUUCUGCAUUUAAAGACUGUUUGUCAAGUGUGAAUAAAACACUGAACUUUGAUUUGAAAAGUCCUGUUUCCUUGCCUCUAUACUGCAACCAGACCUAUCUGCAAGAGCGAGUCAUCACAUUUGGUGAAUGACACGGGCAACGCAGUAAAGUCAGCGAUUGAGUUGCAGCACGCUGUUUGCGAAGAACGGAGCCUGGGAUAACUUGUUGGAGUGUUUGCUAGGGGCAACGAUCCUGCCGACAAGUGACUGACAGUACAGCGGGAGUGUUUUCUCCAAAGAGUCAAGGCAAAGCAGUAUCGCCAAAAUGAAGGUGGUUAUAAAAGCAUUUCGGAGGCUUGUGUUAGAGUUAGCCAACCAACAUGUUCUAGGGGGCACCUGGGCCAGCAGAAGAUACAGGACCAAAUUUUGCAGCGUUUUUACUGGCCCAACGUGUAUAAGAAGGUUGAAAGGUAUUGUGAAUCCUUUCCAACAUGCCAAAUAACUUGCGCCCAGCCACAUUACCGUAGUCCCCUGGUCCCCCUCCCGAUUAUCGAGGUCCCGUUUGAAUGGAUCGCUAUGGAUCUUGUAGGCCCGUUGCCGAAAUCCGCUAGGGGGCACCAACACAUCCUGGUAGUCCUGGACUAUGCUACUCGGUAUCCCGAGGCGAUACCUCUGCGACAUACCUUGGCCAAACUCAUAGCUAAGGAGCUAAUGGAGAUGUUUUCCCAAGUGGACUUACUUAAAGAGGUGUUGACUGACCAGGUCACCCCGUCUAUGUCAAAGGUAAUGAAAGAGCUCAGUAAGUUACUGUAGGUAAAACCACUACGGACCUCCGUGUAUAACCCGCAGACGGCCGGCCUGGUAGAAAGGUUUAACCAAACAUUAGAAAAUCUGUUAAAAGCGGGUGGUGGCUAGAGAUGGGAAAAAUUGGGAUCUUUUGCUGCCCUAUCUCAUGUUCGCAGUGCGAGAAGUGCCCCAGGCUUCUACUGGGUUCUCGCCCUUUGAACUGCUAUACGACAGACAUCCACAUGGUCUGUUAGACCUAGCUAAAGAGGCAUGGGAACAACAGCCCACGCCACACAAAAGUGUAGUUGAGUAUGUCACUUAGUUGCAGGAACGGAUGGAAACAGUGUUGCCCUUGGUUAGGGAAUAUAUGGGGGCAGCUAAGCAAGCUCAGAGUAGAGUUUUUAAUCGUCAGGCUUGGGUUCGGAAUUUUAAACCGGGAGAUCAAGUUCUUGUUCUGGUACCAGCGGUAGACAGCAAGUUUCUGGCUAGGUAGCAGGGUCCCUACGAAGUGUUCGAAAAGGUAGGAGAGGUGACAUACAGGGUACACCAGCCCGGGGCGAAGGAAGCCAGAACAAGUUGUGGUAGCUUGGGGGAGGUAGGAUAUGGGGAGUGUAGCUGUGCGGGUAUUAAAGGGUGCUUGUUAAUCCUUGCAAUUCGUGACGCCAGGGUGCGGGUUCCUCAACAAAGCUUUUCCUACCGCCGCCCUUCCCAGGAACGAUAGGGAGGUAGAUGAUAAUAGGUUUGAGGUAGUGAGUAAUAAUGGAUUGUCCACAACCGGAAAGCUUCUGUAAAAUGCAUUAACUUUACAGAAGAUUUUCUGUACCCUCAUUAACAUAACAGUCUCUUAUCAAUACAACGGCUUCCUUUUGGAGAUUGACAAUGAUUGGGACUUUAGCUUUAAAAAUCUUUAGUCUAUUGCGCUGUUCCACUGGAUUUAGGGGAAUUAGUUGCGGUCCAGUAGUCACGCUAGCAUUAGCAGGGAUUAGAGUAAAACUCACGAUUUUUGGUUCUGCUGAGGCCGUAGGUUUUGAGGCCUAGCGUGUUUUUGAAAGUUGCGUAGCACACCGUCCUGUUAGUCCAGCAUUCACAAGAGCAGCAACCCAAGAGAACGAUAAUUGGACGCAGCUCCAUUAUAUGGGCAGGGGCUGGACUAACGCUAAUUGGUCCAAACGGAUGUCAAUCACAUAAGGAAUACAGGUGGACUUUUGUUACGUUUUCCUUUGUUCUGCAUUUAAAGACUGUUUGACAAUUGUGAAUAAAACACUAAAUUUUGAUUUGAAAAGUACUGUUACCUUGCCUCUAUACUGCAACCGCACCUAUCUGCAAGAGCGACUCAUCACACUAUGUAAAUAAAAAUGCACAGCACUCCAAAAACUGUGAAAAAUCAACAUGAAUACGUUUAUUGCAUCACAUGCCAAACAAAAGUGACAUUUCUUCUUCCUCCUGGAACCUUUUUCAAGCCAGAUGAAGCCCUUGGAUCUGCGGGCACCUGUUGUCCUGUGUGACGCUGCUUCCUUGUGACUUUUCCAUCUAUAUAAAUAUAUUUUAUUACUUGGGUUUCCUUGUUUUAUGUGUCGAUAUUUUCUCUAUCAAUGUAUAUAGAAAGACAAGUCAUUUAGGGCAAAAAGUCCUUAGUAGGUGUCAGGUGGAUUCUGGCCCCAAGACAUCAGCAGCAGAUUCUUAGAGUCCUGUAAGUUGUGAGGUGCGGCCUCCAUGGGUCCGACUUGUUUCACCAUUACAAUCCCGCCACUGAUGACCCUGUAUAAUGCUAUGCAAAAGGCACAGCAUUAUACAGUGGAGGCAACCUAAUGAUUGCAUAUAAUAGUCCACAAAGGUGACUUAAAAAAUGAAAAAUAAAAAGUUAUGUAAAAGCCCCUCCACUAAUGAAAUAUAAAAUUACCCCUCUUUUUCCAUAAAAAGGAGAGAACAGAAAACCAUUGACCAAAGGACAUGUCCGAGGUCACUAAUCCUCUUAUUCAAUUCCCACUUUUAAAACAUAGCUUUUAUUAAGCACAUAUAAAAUAUAUGAAAUUGGGUUUGGUGAGGGAAGUCCUGGAGUACUUGGUAGAAGAACAGGAGUACUUGGAGCUGUUACUGGAGGACACUCUGGGCCAGGCGAAGAGAUCAAAGUUGGUUGUACUGCAGCCGGGCACUGUACCCCAAAGAACAUGGCAGGAUGAGGAGAGGAGAACAGCGGAACAUCCAUUGUGGGGUGGAUUCCCUCUCCCGGAACAUACUCUCUUGUCGGCCUUGCCUCUGAGGGAGUUGGGGGAGGUGGUUCGGGCAAGUCAUCCUUCAUGCACAACUUUAUCCUAUUGCGGUG